AUGCUGGUCACGGGGGUCGAGCUGGCGCCUUUUUUGGUGGCCGUAGUUAUGGCAGCCGCGUCUGCUUCUUUGAAGUCGUUCGAGUUCGAAGUCUUUGGAAAAUAUACAGCUGCAACUGCACGCGAAAAUAAUAUUGUUGGAUGGGUGAAAAAUACAUCUACGGGGUCGGUAGUUGGGGUUGCACAAGGUCCCGAUGCAAAAAUGGACGUUUUUAAAAACUGGCUCAAAACUACCGGAAGCCCGAAGUCGCGCAUUCAAAAAUGUGACAUUAACAAAGAACGUUCAAUUACUGCUCUAACCUUCUCAUCUUUUGAUAUAAUAAGAUAG